UUCUUUUCGAUUAGAAAUAUCAUAGAAUGUCCGAUGAUGACGAUAUACAAUACAUCAAACGGCAGCGAACCAUCCACUACGGUUCGCUAGAAGAGACGGAGCGCAAGCGGCAAAAUGCCGGCGGCGCGUCGUCUGCAGCAAAUGCGGCAACAGCCGCAUCAGCCACAACGCCGUCCCAAACAUCGGGGGCGGCUGCGGCCACACCAGCGGCCACUGCACCUCCUGCCCAGCUGGAGGACAUCGAAUCGGAUGAGGAUUACGAGGAGCCCAGCAAGAAGGUAAGCAGCACAAAAGCCAGCCUCCCACCCCCAACGGCGGCCUCGUUGGCCAACAAAAUCAACGAUGACUACUUUGAUCUUGAGACUGAGAUGGAGCGCGAUAAGGUGGCGCUUCUGGAGGAGUUCGAGCGGAAGAAGAGAGCCCGUCAGAUAAACGUGUCCACGGACGAUGCGGAGAUCAAGAGCAAUCUCCGUCAGCUGAACGAGCCCAUUUGCUUUUUCGGCGAGGGUCCGGCGGAGAGGCGACGCCGCCUCAAGGAGCUACUAGCCAAUCUCGGCGAUAAUGCACUCAACAAGAAGUCAGAGGAGGAGGAGCGCAAGAUGCAGCAGCGCGAACAGGAGGCCACAUGGUAUCACGAAGGACCCGAGACAUUGCGGGUAUCACGUCUCUGGCUGGCGGACUACUCGCUGCCGCGUGCUCGCGAUCGUCUGAUGCGAGCUCAAGAAGCUCUCGUCGUACCCAGUGCCACGCGGGCUGGUCGCAUGGUGGAGAUGCAAAAGAAGCUUCAGUCCUUAGCUCCUCUCUGCUCUCAAGUGGGCGACACGCGGCCCGUAAGCGGUGUCGCCUUCAACGAAGACUCGACGCUCCUGCUGACCUCGUCGUGGUCGGGCCUUUGCAAACUAUGGAGCGUGCCCGACUGUGAACUAAAGCAGACCUUGCGUGGUCAUGCUAGCUAUGUUGGAGGAGUGGCCUUGCGGCCGGGCGUCAAGGCAGAUGAGGAGAAUGUGGUGGCCAUGGCAUCCGGGGGCCACGACGGCGCCGUCAAGCUGUGGGGCUUCAACAACGAGGAAUCGAUUGCCGACAUCACGGGCCACAUGCCGCAUCGCGUUUCCAAGGUUGCGUUCCAUCCAUCCGGACGCUUUCUGGCCACAGCCUGCUACGACUCCAGUUGGCGGCUUUGGGAUCUAGAGCAGAAGACUGAGGUGCUGCAUCAGGAGGGGCAUGCCAAGCCGGUCCACUGUCUGGCCUACCAGUCCGAUGGCAGUGUACUGGUCACAGGCGGCCUCGAUGCCUUCGGGCGCGUCUGGGAUCUACGCACCGGACGCUGUAUCAUGUUCUUAGAGGGCCACCUUGGCGCCGUCUUUGGGGUGGACUUUUCGCCCAAUGGCUUCCACAUUGCCACCGGGUCGCAGGACAACACUUGCAAGAUUUGGGAUCUGCGACGCCGCCAGCCCGUCUACACCAUUCCUGCUCACACCAAUCUUAUUGCGGAUGUCAAGUACCAGCAGGAUUGUGGCAGCUUUUUGGUUACCUGCUCCUACGACUCGACCACCAAGAUCUGGUCGAAUAAGACGUGGCAGCCGCUCAAGACUCUCCAGGGCCACGACAACAAGGUCAUCUCCGUGGAUAUAUCGCCCAAUUCGCAGUAUAUAGCCACCACAUCAUUCGAUCGCACCUUUAAACUCUGGUCGCCCGAUAGCUGAUUUUUCAUAUGAUUCAUUUUUUUUUCAUUUCUUAUGGUUUAUGAUCGGACAUUUCUGUCCCAUAAGCCCUCACACACUCUCCCACAACCCCACUGUUUUCGUUGAAUUACAGAGACUCUUCUAAUAGCCAAAACAUUUUCAAGUUUUCGUUUUUGUAUAACACAAUAUGUUGUUUUAAUUAGGCGAAAGGCGGCAUCGCAUCCAAGACAAUGCUGUUCGUAAAUUUAAGGAUUUUUUGUAUAGAAAUUGU